AAAUUAAAAUACAAAGAACACAAGAAGGAGUCAAGUCGACGACAUCACCAUAGUAGCAGUAGCAGUAAGAAAAAGAAAGAAAAACCAUACAAACCACCUACACUCUAUGAAGAAGAAGAAGGCUGGUUACCACCUCACCAUGACAACGAGGCUGCUUGGCGACAGCGCAUGUUCGAAGCCAUGAUGGACGAUGAAGGACAGGAUCCCUUUUACAGCAGCUACGAACACGUUCAACCCACACCCGCCAUGACCGAUGAAGAACAUCGCCAGCAUAUUGUGUCGGGCAUGUAUAAACGCACACAUGCCGAAGAAAUAGCAGCGGAAGAAAAAAGAAAGGCUCACAAGGAAAAAAAGAAGGCAGAACGACAAGCAGAAAAAGAAAAAAUGGCCCGUGAAGAUGCAGAGAGGAUACGCGCUCACAAUGUAUAUAAACAGUUGCAGACAUUGAAACAAGUCGAAAUACAUCGAAAAGAGUAUGUGGAUAGGUGGGACAGCUUGGAGAGACUAAAAGAAAUUCAUAAGAAGGAUAUUCCAUGGCCUGUUAUGAACCGAGAAUUUUCAUUUGAAUCUGUUAAGGCAUUUUUGGUGGAUCCGAAAAUGAAUUUUGACGAAACGAAAAAGACUGUACGAAAAGAACAGACAAGAUAUCAUCCAGAUAAAUUUAUUACAAGAUAUAUAAACAAGUUUAAAGGAUCCGAGAGAGAAAAGGAAAGGGUGAUCAAGCAGGUUAAUGAAAUAUCGGGUUGGUUGAAUGAGUUAUGGACUCAAAUA